AUGGAUGACUACACAGUUCUGCAAGUGCUUGGUGAAGGCUCCUUUGGCAGAGCCCUUUUGGUUCAGCAGGAAGGCAGUAAUCGGAUGUACGCCCUGAAGGAAAUACGGCUUCCCAAGUCUUUCUCUGAUAUACAGAAUUCUAGGAAGGAGGCUGUUUUGUUAGCCAAAAUGAAACACCCCAAUAUUGUUGCCUUUAAAGACUCAUUUGAAGCUGAUGGACAUCUGUAUAUAGUGAUGGAAUAUUGUGAUGGAGGAGACCUAAUGCAAAAGAUUAAACUUCAAAAAGGGAAGCUAUUUCCUGAAGAUACGAUACUUAAUUGGUUCACACAAAUGUGCCUUGGAGUAAAUCAUAUUCAUAAGAAGUAUGUGUUACAUAGAGAUAUUAAGUCCAAGAAUAUCUUCCUUACCCAAAAUGGAAAAGUAAAAUUGGGAGAUUUUGGAUCUGCCCAUCUUCUCUCCAAUCCCAUGGCAUUUGCUUGUACGUAUGUGGGAACACCUUAUUACGUGCCUCCAGAAAUUUGGGAAAACAAGCCCUAUAACAAUAAAAGUGACAUCUGGUCCUUGGGAUGCAUUCUGUACGAACUCUGUACUCUUAAGCACCCAUUUCAGGCAAAUAGUUGGAAAAAUCUUAUUCUCAAAAUAUGCCAGGGGUCCAUCAAUCCACUACCAUCUCAUUAUUCCUAUGAGCUCCAGUCUCUAAUCAAGCAGAUGUUUAAGAGGAGCCCUUCUCAGCGCCCUUCAGCUACAACACUUCUCUCUAGAGGUAGCAUAGCCCGGCUUAUCCAGAAAUGCCUACCCCAAGAGAUCAUCAGACAAUAUGGUGAACAGGUAUUAGAAGAAACAAGAAAAUCUAAGCAAAAUAUACCAAAAAGAGAUGACCCCAUCAGAAUUGGGAUAGCUUUGGGCAAUGAAGCAAGUUCGAUGGAAGGGGAUCAACAAGUUAGAAAAUGUAGCCACACUGAUUUAGAAAGCAUUAAUAAAAAUUUGUUUGAAAAUGCAUUGAGAAGAGAAGACAAAGAUAAUAAAUCAGUCCAUCCGAAGAAAACCACAUCACAAAGUCCUAACAGGCAACAAUGGGAGAAAAACAUAUCCAAGACAGCUGUUACUGCUCUGCAAAAUGCAUCCAUACUGAGCUCCAGCUUAACAGCAGAGGACAAUACAGGUGGUUCUGUAAUAAGGUACAGGGAAAAUAACACCCGUAAGCACUGGGUCAGAGAGACACCUGAAACCUUGUUGGACAUCCUUAGGAAUGCUGAUCUCAGCUUGGCAUUUAAAACAUACACAAUAUGUAAAGCAGGUUCUGAAGGGUUCUUGAAAGGCCCCCUCUCUGAAGAAACAGAAGCAUCUGACACUGUUGAUGGAGUUGAUGAUUCUGUUAUUUUGGAUCCUGAGAGACUUGAACCUAGACUGGACGAGGAGGACACGGACUUUGAGGAAGAAGAUGACAACCCUGAUUGGAUGUCAGAACUGAAGAAACAAGCUGGCUUACAAGAAGUGGCUGAUGGAUAG